AUAUUUAGUCUUGCUAACUUGACAGCAGAGCCCUACGCCCGCAUAAACAACAUUUAAGAGGUACCCAGUCCAGGAGCCCCCGUCAGGACCCCUAGGCGUCCCUGUGCCUGCCUGCCAAAAACGUCUGCAUCUCCUGGACCCCCUCGAGGCAGGGGACAGCCAAAUGUCACUUGGACCCUCUACAGAGUGGUGAGAGGAGGACAGGAAGAGGCGAAUGGGAGAGCGGGGGAGGAGGAAGGAGGAGACAGGGAAUUGAAGGAGAGGGAGACAGAGGUUUAACAGAAGAUAUGAGGACGUGUAGCGUGGCGAAAGAGUUUGAGAUGACAGCCGCCGUCACGCAGCAAACACACACAUGAGCUCAUAAAGCAGGAAAGGGCAGGAUGGAGAGAGGAGGAAAAGACAACGUGGAGAGAAGUGAGAGAGAAAUGAUUUGCCAGCAUGAGUCCAUUUUCCACAGCAGCACCGUAACAUGAAGUUAUGGAGGAGCGAAAACUAAAAAGAAAGAGUCCCAGGUCCUCCACCAACACGGCGGCUCCGACUGGUGGCUCUGGCCGGAAAACGAACGCUUCCUCCGGAGGACGACACAUAGGCUACAGCCAUAACAUGGGGACUCACUCCAGCCAAAAGAGCAAGAGUAGGAGGGGAGUUAGAGAUAAACCCAGGCAUCAUCCGGGCUUGGGUGGGAAAGCUAAUCAGAGCCAGGGCCAGGCAGCACCUACCAUCCAGCACUCCUUUCUUACUGAUGUUUCAGAUGUGCAGGAGAUGGAAAACGGCCUGCUCAGUCUCCUCAACGACUUCCACUCAGGGAAACUACAAGCAUUUGGGAAUGAGUGCUCCAUUGACCAGAUGGAGCAUGUGAGAGAGAUGCAGGAGAAGCUGGCCCGUUUGCACUUUGACCUCUAUGGCGAGGUGGAUGAAAUGCCUGAGGACCAGAGGAAAAUAGCCUGUGACACCAACAUGGACAAAUUACUUCUUAAUCUUGAGGAGCUGAGUACUUCUAUCCAGAAACUGAAUCUAGCGGACUCCCAAGAGAUCCCGAGGACUGCCAGCAUCUGAUUUUCUCUUCUACUCUCAUCUCUUCUCAAACCCCUCUGACCCGACUGUUUGUUUUGUGCCACCUUGAGGGGAAGCAACGGAUAAGGAGGAGUAGAAUCAAGCUUGAGGCACUAUUUCUCUUAAGUAUUAUAGCAGAAAUGACAACAAAACUAUACGCCAGCGUUCCCUGUCUGUACAGGGUGGAUGGAUGUGUCGUAAGAUGUCCCCACAGGGAUGCACUGACUUAUUUUUCACUAAUAUGAAUUACAAAAUAGUUCUAAUCCUAUCAUACUAAACAACAAGAGGACAAUACCAAACUUACUGAGGUAUGAUUGAAUUUCACUACCCCUUGCGAUAAAUCAGAUACGGCCUAUAGAGGGAGAUUUCAGAUCUAUAAGAUAUAUCUGACCUACAGUACAGUGCAUCCCUGUCAUGGACUGUUUAAAGUCAAGUUGUGGCCACUUUACUAAUACAUUGCUAACCAAAGUGAGAUUGAUAUAAAGCACUUGCCUUGUUUUGUCCAACACUGGAUUCAUUCACAAGUCCUUGCAAGGAAAUUUUGUGUUCACUUAUCAGCUUUGUUAAAAGUGAACUGACUGCAAACUUGCUCGUUUAACUAUUUUCAUAUAUAUAUCAUUCUGUUGCACUUUGUCUUAUCUAUUGUCACAGGUCAGCGUCUGUAAAGUCUAGCUAGUCUUAAUUAAAGACCCUGAGCUACACUUGUCAAAAUAUAGAUACAGAAAUUUGUUUAGAAUUGUUAAAUUUCUUAACCUAUAGCUUUAAACCCAAGUUUAUAUGUUAUCUGUGAGGCAAUAAAAACCUUAAAGAUAUUCCCAGAUUAGAUUUAAUUUAUAUUUAAAUUUAUUAAACCGGCCAAAAAACCCCACAAACAUUUAAACCCACAGUAGAUUCUGACCAGGGAUACUGCACUGUAUGUUAUGGGUUAGAAAAGUAAGCAGUAAACCCCAGUUUGUGAUUUUUCAUAUGAUUUCUUGCUCCGUGUGAGUGGCCUGAUCUCACCUCCAACACUUUGCUCAGUGUUGAAUACAUUUGCACAUAUCCAUGCAACAUGCGGAACACACUGCACAUUAUCAGUGGUGUGUUGGUUUAACACGACGCUGGAAAAGAAUAAUCCAAAUGUUGACAUCACAACCAUGCCUUAAUUCUUUUAUUUAAUAAUUUCUGCCUUAUUAGUUAUAACUUUUUAACUGUUGGACUCUGUGUUUUUAGAUGAUAUAAUCAUUCGAUGCUGCUUUGAUUGUAAAUCCUACUAUGUUUGAUCACUUCUUAUUUUAGCCAGUGCUGGGGGGAUUUGGCACUAUAUUGAUGUGUUCUGCUGUUUUAACUGUUUAGCUGGUGAUUUUAUUUUUAUUGACUAAAUAAAUGUGUUGUCUGAAAA